CACAAAUCAGAAAACGUCUGCGGUAUAACCUUCUAGAAGUAAUCAGCUUCAUAGCGACCUUUUCUCUUUGGCCCAAAACUCCCAAACCCUUUAUAUACAACACAUUUUUCUCCACCACCACUGAAACCUCCACUGCUACCGCUCUUUUCCCAUUUUCCAAUCCUACCUUUUUCUCCUCUAACUAAUUUUCAUUUCUGGGUGGGUGAGGAACAUAGGCAAUUCGGGAAAUAUGCUCAAAUUCAUGCCACCUUCAGCAGAAUCGGCGCUUCCCAGAAAUGGGUUUAAGAAAAUCAAGGCAGAGUCCAACAUAGCGACCAUAGACGUGGGAGGCCAGCUCUUCCAGACCACCAAGCAAACCCUAAACCUAGCCGGCCCGGACUCGCUCUUUUCCAGAAUUUCCGAGUCAGCCUCAGCUCAACUCGCUCCGCCGUUCAUUGAUCGAGACCCGGAGCUCUUCUCGAUUCUCCUGUCGCUUCUCAGAACAGGUAAUUUGCCCUCAAAGGCCAAAGCUUUAGACCUGCAAGACCUAAUUUUCGAAUCCCAAUUUUAUGGCAUCGAAACGUUUUUGAUGAAUUCGCUAUCGAACCCAUCUCAUUUUGAUGCUUUUAACCUCGAGAAGUCGUUGAUUUUGCCCUUGAAUGGCCGAGACUCGCCGUCUGCAAUUGCCACGACGCCAUUUGGCUCGGUCCAUGUAGCGCACGGCAGCAAAAUCACGUCUUUUGAUUGGUCGCUCAGGAAAAAGUCGACGAUUUUGACCCAAUUCACCGCCGUCGAUUCGAUGCUAGCGAUAUCGCCGAGGUUGGCCGCGGUGGGGGCAACUGACUUCUCGGGUCUCCAAAUUCUUGACCUUGAAAACGGGUUUGUGAAGGAGACUCUCAAUUGGGAGAAUGUGACGAAGACUGGCUCAACAGUGCAAGGAAUUGGGUCCUCACCUGAGUUUCUCUUCGCUAGUUUCGAAUCAGCUCGGAGGAACUCAAAUUCCAUUAUGGUUUAUGAUUUAAAUAGCUUGAGCCCUGUUAAUGAGAUUGGUCAUUAUGAAAUUUAUGGUGCCGAGAUUAAUUCAGCAAUACCGGCCACGAAAUUGAAUUGGGUUUCAGGUUAUGGUCUGUUAAUGGCGUCUGGGUCUCACAGUGGACCUUCAGGAGUAUUGGGUAACAUUAAAUUUUGGGAUACAAGGUCUGGGAAUGUAGUUUGGGAAAUCAAGGAGAAUGUUGAUUGCUUUUCGGAUGUCACAGUUUCUGAUAACUUAUCAGCAAUAUUCAAAGUUGGUGUGAAUACAGGCGGGAUGUUCUUUGCGGAUUUGAGAAAUAUAGGUGCAGAGAAUCCAUGGGUUCCUCUUGGUGAAAGGAAGAAAGUGGUUAAUGGGAAGAAGGAAGGUUCUGGGUGCAAGAUUGAAAGCCAUGGAAGCCAAGUGUUUUGUAGUAAGGGAGGCAACAUAGAGCUAUGGUCAGAGGUAGUGGUGGGCUCUAAGAAGAGCAGUAAAAAUGGGAUGGAGGAUGAUAGGCUCUUCAGGAAGAAUUUAAUGGGGAGAAUGAAGGAUAUGGGAGGUUCCAGGAUAACCAACAUGGCUUUUGGAGGGAACAAGAUGUUCAUGACCCGGAAGGAUCAGCAAACUGUUGAGGUCUGGCAGAAUUCAGCUAGAGGAUUUUAAUCCCAAAAGAAUUUAGUUGGAAUUGGUAGAUGGGGGAUUAAAUUGACUGAUAUCAUCCAGAUUCAGUCACAUUUUCUUGUAACAUUGUUUCGUAGAUUGAUUUGUUUGUAAAUGAUCUUGUAGCUUGUCAAGUCUCAUUCUUUUGUGUGCUAAUUAGCAUGUCUAUCAAUUGUUUAUAAAUGAUUUAUUCAGAGAAUUUAAUGAGUUAAGUUAUAUU